AUGGACAGCUUCUCUCGCGUGCUCGUGGCCGUCGUCGCCGCCUGGUGGUUUGCCGCGACGACACAAGCUUUCCCAUAUGAUCCCUCCCAGGUUGACUGGAACCUCAACCAGGUGCAGGGCACGUACGACGUCCUCAACUACUCGGGCGUAUGGGAGAAUCACACCUUCAACCCUUCCCCCGACAACUGGCGCAUGCCCACGUACACCGUCUCCCUGGAUCGAUAUGCCGACGGAAACCCAUCCAACAAUGAGGCCAACGGGACCCAAUUCGAGUAUGACUGGAUGAGUAAUCAGUUCAGGUUCGGCGGAGACGUCAAGGGCCUGAUGAACGAUCUGGACUAUAUUCAGGGCAUGGGCAUCAAGACUAUCUAUCUUAUGGGCAGCCCGUUCAUCAACAUGCCCUGGGCCGCAGACAGCUUCUCUCCUCUGGAUCUUACCAUUAUUGACCACCACCAUGGUAGUAUCGAGGAGUGGAGAGAGCUCAUCACUGCCAUUCACGAACGGGACAUGUACAUCAUUCUGGACAACACCAUGGGAACCCUCGGAGAUCUCAUCGGAUUCGAGGGGUCCAUGAACGAGACGGCGGCUUUCGAGUGGGGCGAGUACGACUACGGCUGGAAGACGGACCGUCGUUAUGUAGACUUCACGCCCGGCAACGACGUGGUCGACUGCACGUACCCUCGCAUGUGGGACGACACCGGCUCCCUAAUCACCGUGAACCAGACCACCUGCCGCGACAGCGAGUUUGACUCGUACGGCGAUCUCCAGAACAUUGGUAGCGUUGCCGUCUACAAGAACCAGCUGGCCAAGUACGGCUCUGUCCAGGACAGACUGAGGGAGUGGCGGAGCGAUGUGCUCGACAAGAUCAAGCAUCUGUCGUGUAUGGAGAUCGCCAUGCUCGACAUUGAUGGCUUCCGUAUGGAUAAGGCACUGCAGACGACAGUGGACGCCAUGGCCAGCUUUUCUGAUCAUCAGAGGCAAUGCGCAAGAAAGUACGGCAAGGAGAACUUCCUGAUCAUUGGUGAGAUUGUCGGUACAGACCAGCAGCAGGCCGUGUACAUUGGUCGAGGCAAAGAGCCUGGUAUGUACAGCGGAAACAGCACAGCAUCUAUGAUGCUCACCAACGUUACCGCCGACGAUGAUGUGUAUAUUCGCGAGUCUGGCCUCGCUGCACUAGACGCUGCCGCAUUUACAUACACAAUCUAUGGUGCUCUUACAAGAGUUCUCGGCCUCUCUGGUUAUAUCGGCAUCGAAGGCACAAGCUUUGUUCAAUUCUGGACAGACUUGGUCCUGGAUAAUGAUUUCAUCAACUCCAACACUGGUCUCUUUGACCCUCGCCACAUGAUGGGCACCACAACACAGGAUGUGUUCCGGUGGCCAGCCAUCGCCAACGGCACCCAGAGGCAACUUCUCGGCCAGUUUAUCACCUAUCUCAUCCUUCCUGGAUCACCGAUGCUAUACUGGGGCGAGGAACAGGCUCUGUAUAUUGUUGACUCUACCGCUAGCAACUACAUUUAUGGCCGUCAGCCCAUGAGCAGCAGCCGCGCAUGGCAGCUCCAUGGCUGUUACAAGCUGGGAGACGACACAUACACCGGCCAGCCUCUGCUUCACGGUCCCGCAGCGGUAGGCUGUGAGGACAACGGUGUCAGUCUGGACCACAAGGACCCAUCGCACCCUACAAGAAACGUCCUCAAGAGAUUCUUUGAACUGCGGCAACAGUACCCGGUGCUGAACGACGGCUGGGGCCUGCAGGCACUGUCCAACCAGACGACUGAUGUCUACCUCGAGGGCAGCGGAGAUAUUCCCACACCGUUUGGCAUGUGGAGUAUAUACCGCCAUGAGGCCUCUGCAGCACAGGAUCUCAGCUCGUCUGGUGGUCAAGCUGACCAGGGUGUCUGGCUGCUGUACUCCAACCUGAACUACACAGAGGAUUUCUCCUUUGACUGCCAGAGCGAGGAGAACGCCCUGGUGGCCCCUUUUGCUCCAGGCACCACGGUGAUGAACCUUCUCUACCCUUACGAUGUGCACACUGUCGAGAACACCUCAAGCACCGUCAUCAUCAAUGGUACCACGCACACAGGCGGCUGUAUGUCCAACCUGACCCUCGAGGCCUGGGGCUACAAGGCCUUUGUCCCUGUCGAUUACUACAGCUCCCCCAAACCUUCCAUCACCCAGGUUGUGCCGUCCCACGACGAGAGAGUCCUGUCGACUGUGUCAAGUAGCGAGACACAGACGGUGCGCAUCGAGAUCCACUUCUCUCAGCAGAUGGACUGCACUGCGGUGCAAGAUGCCAUCUCCGUCAACUCUUCCACGCUGGAGGGCACUGUGGCCCAGCUCGACAGCGACAGCGUGGCAUGCAGCACUCUCGAUACACCAGAUGCAACCGCCUACUCUGGUCAGCCAGCUGGGUUGUGGAAGUUCACGGCCACCCUCGAGAACGUUGCUCACGGCAUCCACACUGUAACCAUCACCAACGCCACCAGCGCCAACGGGACUUUCACCGGCGCCGUGGACCGCUUCAUGUUCCGGCUCGGCUCCUCAGACAACCCAAUCAUUUUCCCUUUGACGGGCAAUUACUCGACCGACUUGCUCCACAAGGACGACUCGACUGGCGACCUGUACAUCACCCAGCGCGCCGCAGGGGCGGACAAGUUCCGGUAUUCGCUGACGUACGGCUCAAGCUGGAGUGACUGGCUGGACUACACAACCACGACCGUCAACAGGACCCUGGAGAGCCAGGCCUGGUCUGGCACCUCGGCCCAGGCCUGGAGCGGCGAGCAUGUCAUGGUGCAGUACUGGUCCAGCGUGGCGGGAAGCGCGACACACAUGCAGCACGGCGAUUUGUCUUCAACCCAGGCCCGCCGCUGGCCUCAUGCGCAUGUGAUGGGCGAGUGGAACACCUGGGGCUUUGAUGGGGGCCUGGCGAGUGCCAUGCACCUGGCCAAGUCGGCAGUGGACUUCAACGAGACGGUGUGGGCGUUUGGCCUAGCUGCUGAGUGGCCUACGCAGGUGCAGAUCAAUAUCUGGGGUAUGGAUCCUGAUGGCCAGCCGGACAAGACGAUGGAAUAUGGCGACGUGGACGGCGACAAUGUGCUCGACUGGCUGCCGCCCAACACCCUGGCGUCCAACGUGAUCAACAUCACCGAGGGCCCUGGCAUGCCGCACGUGGGCUGGCGCAUCGAGGUCAACGAUGGCUCGUACAGGUACAAUGUGGUGCCUACGGGCAAUGCCUGGCACCAGCUCGCGCUCUCCUUCCUGUUGGCCUUGAUCCCAGUGCUUACAGGUGGCCUGGCCGUCUGGAUCUACUUCCGCUCCUACUACACCAUCAGGAUGAACCAGAUCGGCACUGCUGAUGUUGGCGGCUUCUGGGGCCGGGUCAAGACGAGGGUGCUCGAGUCUGCCGCCAUGGCGCCCCUGCGCAAGCCCGUUCCUGAAGACAAGGGGAAGUCCAUCGAGGCCAUGGCUCUGUCUGCGAGCCGCCGGACCACCCUGAUCGCCACCAUGGAGUACGAGAUUGACGACUGGAACAUCAAGAUCAAGAUUGGCGGCCUCGGAAAGAUGGCCUCGCUGAUGGGCAGCGAGGCUCUCGCGCACCAGAACCUGAUCUGGGUCGUCCCUUGUGUCGGUGGCAUCGACUAUCCCGCCGAUACCCCAGCCGAGCCCAUGAUCAUCACCAUCAACAAACAGCAGUAUAUUGUGUCUGUGCAGUACCACGUCGUGCGCAACAUCACCUAUGUCCUCCUUGACGCGCCCGUCUUCCGACAGCGGACCAAGUCUGACCCGUACCCACCUCGUAUGGACGAUAUCGAGUCGGCCAUCUACUACAGCGCCUGGAAUGCCUGCAUUGCGGAGGCCAUCAAGCGGUUCCCCGUCGAUCUGUACUAUAUCAAUGACUACCACGGCACGCUGGCCCCUCUCUACCUGCUGCCUCGUACGAUCCCAGUCUCCCUGGCCCUGCACAAUGCCGAGUUUCAGGGUCUGUGGGCCCUCCGCAGCAAGAGCGAGAUGGCCGAGGUCUGUGAUGUCUUCAACCUUCCCAAGGAGACUAUCAAGCGGUUCGCCCAGUUCGACAAGGUGUUCAACAUGCUGUAUGCCGGUGCUAGUUAUCUUCGUGAGUUCCAGGGCGGCUAUGGCGCUGUGGGUGUCUCCAAGAAAUACGGCUCGAGGGCGUACAAGCGGUAUCCCAUCUUCUGGGGCCUCUCUGAGAUCGGCUCUCUGCCAAACCCCGACCCAGAUGACAUGGCUGAUUUCAACACGGUGACCGAGAAAGAAAAGAACCAGGAUAUUGUCAUCGACGAGGAGGCCGAGAAACAAAGAGGCGCCCUGCGUGAACAGGCGCAGCAGUGGGCAGGACUGAACAUCGACCCUACCGCCGAGCUUUUUGUGUUUGUUGGCCGUUGGUCUCUGCAAAAGGGCGUUGACCUGAUUGCAGACGUAUUCCCUGCUAUCAUGGACAAGCACAAGAACGUCCAGCUCAUCUGCAUCGGCCCCACCAUCGACAACCACGGCCGGUUUGCUGCCCUCAAGCUCGAGAAGAUGAUGCACCGCUACCCAGGGCGUGUCUAUUCCAAGCCAGAGUUUACACCCAUCCCUUCCUUUGUCCACAGCGGAGCAGAGUUUGCGCUGAUGCCCUCGCGUGACGAGCCAUUUGGUCUUGUUGCUGUCGAGUUUGGUCGCAAGGGCGCGCUGGGCGUGGGCUCUCGUGUGGGUGGUCUGGGUUCCAUGCCUGGGUGGUGGUUCACAAUCGAAUCGACCGAGACAAAACAUCUCCUGCGGCAGUUCAAGUCGGCUAUCAAGUCAGCCCUCGCGUCUUCACUGGAGACAAGAAAGGUCAUGCGUGCGCGGUCCCUCCUGCAGAGAUUCCCUGUGGUGCAGUGGGUGCACGACCUCGAGAUCCUGCAGAGCCAGUCCAUACGAGCCCACAGCAGCAUCAAGAAGGGCAAGAGGCUUACCAGUCUGCUGAUGCCUGGUGCCUCCGCCUCGGCGAUUCCCUCGGGCAGCUCGACGCCCAUCCCACCUCCACCACCCGUGGUCACCCUGCCCAACACAGCCCUGCCCUCGCCCAACACCACAGCUCCUCCCACAGCCGCGCCGUCCAUCGGGGGCAGCCGAGCCUCGAGUCCCACACGUGCCCGCUCCGACUCGUUUGGCGCGCACAGCAGAAACGCCCCCUAUUACAUCGCCAUGACCGCCGACUCGUCCGAGACAGCCUCGGGGGCCAUGACACCAGCCUCGCUCAUCUCGCCCGCAACGCCCAGAUUCGCCUCUGGCUUCCCUCGUAACAAGUCGGCGACUGCUAUGGGCCACCUCCUUGCCUCGAGGCUCACCGCCCUUGCAGAGUUCGAGAGGACGAGCUCGCAGUCUGAUCUCCCACAGGCAUACCCGUCCGAGAGGUCGAGCGAUGGCGCCAGCGAGAUCCAUAGCAGCCGGCACAGCGGACUCGGCGACCAUGGCGAGACCGUUGACCCUUACUGGCGUUCCUUCUUCGCAAGUCUCCCGACCAACAAUGCCUCUGUUCUCUCGCUCGACACGGUGGUGGGCGAACGCAAGGACUUCCAGCUGCAAAAGGUCGAGCCCUUCUUCAACGAUCCCAAGAAGGAAUACUACAACACCUUUGGGCAGAUGCUGGACGCCCACGAUGGCAGUCUCUCGUCGGACAAGCUGUGCGUGGAGGGCUACAUCAGGCAGUCGGAGAAGGACUGGUUCGAGAAGUUCUAUGAUGCCAAGCUGGGCAAGAAACCGCCGAGGGUGUUCAAUAUGGCGCUGAGAUCGGCGUCGUCCCUGGAGGAAGGCGCCAGCAACCGCGGUGAAAACGACAACAAUGACGAGUUCAACUUGGGUCCAGACUAUGCGCCGCCUACAGGGCUGAAGAAGUUCUUGCUGGUCAAGAUCGGGGAGUGGCCUCUGUACGCCUACCUAUUGGCAAUGGGCCAAAUCCUCAGUGCCAACUCGUAUCAGAUCACCCUCCUGACCGGCCAGAACGGCCAGUCUGCCGAGCAGGUCUACAUCACCUCAGGCAUCUACCUAGGCGGCUCUAUCUUCUGGUGGCUCCUCUUCCGCCGCUUCCAGCUCGUCAUCGCCGUCUCCCUCGCCUUCGUCCUCUACGGCACCGCCUUCUUCGUCCUCGCCAUCUGCCCCUACGCCGCCAGCUCGUCCCAGGCCACCACCGUCCUGCACUACCUCGCCACGGCCCUCUACGCCGUGGCCUCCUCCAGCGGAUUCCUCUUCUUCACCCAGAACUUCCUCACCGAGGGCGGCAACCCCGUCAAGACCUGGAUGUUCCGCGCCUGCACCAUCCAGGGCACCCAGCAGAUCUACAUCGCCGCCCUGUGGUACUGGGGCACGUACGCUAGCACGCUGACCAACGAGGGGUCCACCCUCAUCAGCUCCUCGUCCCGCGUCGUCACCGCCGUGUGCAUCCCCAUCGCCGUCCUUCUCUGGGCCGUCGCGACGAUCCUCUUCGUGGGCCUGCCGGACGCCUACAGGCGCAAGCCAGGCUACGUCUCGGCCUUUUACCGCUCCCUGCUGCGCCGCAAGGUCGUCGUCUGGUUCCUCGUCGCCGCCUUCAUCCAGAACUACUUCCUCUCGACCCAGUACGGCCGCAGCUGGAGCUACCUCUGGAACUCCAGCUCCGCCCCGGCCUGGGCCAUCGCCCUGCUCAUCCUCCUCUUCUUCGUCGUCGUCUGGGCCGUCCUCCUCGCCGGCAUGGCCUACUUCUCCACCGAGCACUCCUGGCUGCUUCCCAUCGUCGCCAUCGGCCUCGGCGCCCCGCGCUGGGCUCAGGAGCUGUGGGGCACCUCGGGCGUCGCCCUCUACAUGCCCUGGGCCGGCGCCCACGUCGUCGCCGGUGCCCUGCUCGGCAGGUGUCUGUGGCUCUGGCUCGGCGUCCUCGACACCCUGCAGGGCGUGGGCUUCGGCAUGAUCCUGCUGCAGACCCUCGGCCGGUUCCACGUCAGCUGGGCCGUCCUGGGCGCGCAGGUCAUUGGCUCGGCCGGCACCAUCUUGGCCCGCGCCACGGCCCCGGAUAAGAUUGGCCCGGGGUCGGUAUUUCCUAAUCUUGCUAUGGACCUGUCGGGCGGCGUGAACAAUGUUUGGUUCUGGGUGCCGCUAUUGUUCCAGCUGGCUGUUUGUGUUGGCUUCUUCGUCUUCUUCCGCAAGGAACAGCUUAUGAAACCUUAA